GCGGCGGGCCGAGGCGGCGGGAGGGGAAGAUGGCGGCGCCCGUCCUGCUGCGGGUGUCGGUGCCGCGCUGGGAGCGGGUGGCCCGCUCCGCCGUCUGCGCCGCCGGCAUCCUGCUCUCCCUCUACGCCUGCCACCUGGAGCGCGAGAAGGGCCGCGACCUGCACUACCAGGCCCUGUGCGACCUCAGCGAGCGGGUCCGCUGCUCCGCCGCCAUCACCUCCAGAUGGGGUCGAGGAUUCGGUCUGUUGGGUUCCAUCUUUGGGAAGGACAGUGCAAUAAAUCAGUCAAACAGUGUUUUUGGACUCGUGUUUUAUAUACUACAAAUGCUACUUGGUAUGACAGCAAGUGCAGUAGCAGCUCUAAUCCUCAUGACCUCCUCCAUAGUGUCUGUAGUAGGGUCCCUAUACUUGGCGUACAUUCUGUACUUCGUGCUGAAGGAAUUGUGCAUUGUCUGCAUCCUCACAUAUUUGCUGAACUUCAUUCUCUUUAUCAUCAACUACAAACGACUAGUUUAUUUGAACGAGGCCUGGAAACGGCAGCUCCAACCCAAACAGGAAUAACACCUGUUUGAACUUGUGACUGACAGUCUGAAGACCCAACUUCCAUUAAGUUUAUUUUGCAGUAAUUUUUUAUUCUCCAUAUCAGACACUUUCCCUGGGAAUCAUAACUGAAUUUUUAAUUAUAAAUUUGAAGGGGCCCUAGAUAAUUUUUUUGUGCUAAUCUUCAAUUUAAAUGUGGUUAUGAAAGAAAGCUCUCAUACAAUCAAAGACAAGCUUUAACUUUACUUUGAAGGAGGUUUAGCCACAGCAAAGCCUAGACUCUCUUCCCCCUCCACCUGUGAAAUGGGUAACACUGCUAUGAAAUAUCCUGUAUAUAAAUUCAGGUAUAACAAUAUGUGGUCAUGACAUUAAAUAUUCUAGACUAGCAUUACCAUAUUUAAUGUUGCCAUGUUUACAGUAUGUGUAUUACUUUUUAUUUUUAGCUGAUGGACUCUAGAUUUGACUAGGACUUAUCCUGUAAAUAAAAUUAGAACUCUUGGUUUCAUCCCUGGAGAACUCACUGUACGAUCAGUGUUGUUAGCCUAGGAGCUGCCAGCUCACAGUUGACUGACCUGGUGGAAGAAGUGACCUCUCUGGAGACACCGUGUUGCUGUGCUCACUGCUAGUGCUUUCACAUGGAUGAUGGUUGGGGUUGGUUCCAUUCUUUCUUCUUGGUUUUUGUUGGGUUUUUUUUUGGUCUCUGGUAACAAAAAUGGAAUUAAAGCUGAAACCUGAAGUGUGCUGAUUAAACCACAACUACGUUAAUUUCUGUACAGAAUGAAAACAGCUGAAUGUGGUGCCACUGGGAUGUUAUGUGCAGGUUGGGGGUUGUUGUCUCAAAGAGCACUCUUUGGAAGGACUAAUUUCCAUGCAGAGCUGUUUCAUUUUUCAUCUGCGGUCAACCAGUGUUACUGAUGUUUGAUGUUAUAUGGAUCCUGCAGUAGAGAAUUGCAAUGUGCAGUGGAAACCACUGAGUGGGAUAACCAAGGAGUGCACUGGAAAAGCAGUUGCUUGAUUGGUCUCUGUCAGGAUCUGUGGUUUGUGCUAUAUUGGGAAAUGAACUUUAGGCCUGACGCACGUAAGGUCCCUUGGAAGGGCAACCUGUUCAGUAGGAUGAGUAAGUAAAUGUGCUUCUGAAAAUGAAAUGUGAUCUGAUGCUAUCAUUGCUCUUUCUAAUAACUAAUUGGAAAAAAAGAAAUUAAACUGCAGAUUUAAACAAAAGGAACAAAAUUGUAAAUGUUGUUUCUGCACUCAGUAUUCUAAGGCUGAAUGUUAAAAGUGCCUUCUGUCUUCAAAUCUUAAACCAAAUACUUUGUGUUGAACUGAGCAGGCAGAAGUGUCCUUGCUUCAAAAAUGAACAAACAAAAUUCCAAGCAAACUUGCUGGGGAUAGAAAAGUGUUAAGAGCUCUAUCUUAGUUCUUAGACUGAGGAGUGGUAGCAAUAUUGUUUCAGUUAAAUCAGUUUGGUAGAGGAUUGAUGAUGUGAUUUGGAGAAGUAAAACACUUGUGUUCCAGACUCUGAGACACCAAAAUGUGUCUGUUCAACUACUUACUGCAAUUGGUGCUGUGCUGCUUUUUGCCCUCAGCAGCUUCUAAAUAUGAAGAAUUCCAACUGCAUAUCCACUUAUUUAAAGAAUUAGUUUAACUAACUUUAGGAUUGUGUUCUUAAACAUGAAUGUCAGUGAGAUACUUGGCGUUGUAUGGCUAAGUGGAUUAUAAACACUAAGUUGCUGAGGAUAAACUUGACUGUGAAACAUGCAGUGUUCCAUUGAGAAAAUAGACAUUUUAGAUUGAAUUCACAAAAUAGUAUUUAAAUUACUACUGAAGUAAUUUUCUGGUUUGUAUCAAGGUUGUAGGUGGAAACUGCUUUGAUGUAUAGAGUUCUGUGGUAUGAGUAACAUCUGUUGCAUGUAACACUAAAUUACUUGUCCCUCUUGUCUAACAGUUUUAGACAACAACUCAUUAAAUGCGUUUUGUAUUGACCAGAGUAUAGUUAAAGCUUGUCUUGAUGUUUAGUUCUGUCUCUCAAAUGCCUUGAACUUUGAUACGAGGGGAGUGAAUGAUGUUAAACUGGUUCCUUGAGGCUUUACUUUGUUCUCUUAACAAGCUUUGAGGCAACAUCACUGUUUAAUAUGUUUGUGUAGGUUUAUUUUGAUGCAUUCCUGUGGUCUACACUAAGGCAUCUUUUCAUCCAAGGAAAGAGGUGAACACAUGCUGCCUGGAAUGGUUAGUCACAGUGCUAUUAUCUCAGAACCAGCAGCAGUGGAGACAAGUCUAAUCAAUGAUUGCUUGGUCCAAUGUCUGGGUGUAGUGCACACCAAGAAAAAACCCAGGAAAAAAAGCACUAUCAGCUGAAAGUGUAGGUGUUGACUAACUUCACUGUGUCUUGUGCUUGUCUGUGUGGGCAUAGUCUGUUAAUUCAGUUUGUUCAGUAAAAUUGUUCAGGGCCAGAUUUUCAGCAGUGGUGUCUGCAGUCCUUGUGUAUGUGCACGUGGGGAUCAAAUGGAAAUUGAGUUUGGUCUCUGGAAGAAUUUUCAGCUACACUUUGUGCACGAACUUGCAAAUCUGAUCCUUAAUUGUGAACUCUCUUGUCUUGUGUGCUUUUCUUGCAGUUACUUUUUACUGGAAGAGAUUUGCUAGAAAUGGCCCUAGCUCUUCUACUUUCUUGUGCUUCAGAAAUGCAGUUGGCCUGAAUAAAGGGCAAAAUAAUCUUAGCAGUAGAAGUUUGGACCUUUUUGCUUCCAGUUCUUGGACUCUUCCCUCCUCACUCCCACCACUAGAAACAGCUCAUUUCUUCCAGUAAAAUGGCUCAGGUUACAAUUAGUGAUGUGAUGGAAAUCAGACAAGUGCUUCAUGCAGCUGCCCCCUGCCUGCCCCACACUGAAACAAAUGUCAUGACAAAUGUGUGCUUCGUAUUAAUUUGAGCCUUACAAAUCCAAAGGGGUAUUCUGAGAAAUAAGAGUAUAGGUGAAACAAGCUAUGAGCCAAGAGCUGGUGUGGCAGAGGCCCAGGGGCAGUGUCGAUCUACAGGUUCUGGUUGUAGAUUCAACACUCAGGAGAACAGAGGGGGAAAAAUCCACCAUCUACAAACAGUGGUUCUGAGUUUGGGCUCUUACUCCUCCUCCUUGGCUCUCAGAAGUUCUGCAGGGAAGGGUGGAUUGGAAAGACAAAAGGACCUCAUCCCAAAACCUGCUUAGGAAUUAGACAUUCCUGAAAUCCUCUUACUGUAAGGUACUUGCUACUCUUGAGGCCAAGAAAGUAUUCAAGUCUCAUUUAGGAAUUUAAUGUUCUCAGAAGUUUCUUACUGUAAAGUGUUUUCCUUGCUAAGGCAAAUGAAACAUUCCCUGCCACCUUUGAUACCCAAAGUGAUGAUAAAUCUCUCUUAUUAGGAGGUUUCUGCAUCCUGUUGUACACACUUGUCUUCUGCUGUACAGAGUCCCUUGACUGUUCAAAACAACUGGUGAGGUGCUUCAGGCAGCAAUUGAUGCUCAGAACUUCUAUGGGCUAAAGGAGAAGAGAGAUCUAAUAGCUUUGGUUCUACCAAGGUUGUUUGAACGUGACCUAGUCUAAACUGGUCCAGAAAAGAUGAAGUAUUCUGUUACCUUAAAACUGUAUUAAGCAUGGCCUAAAUAUUAGGUGUUUCUUCUGUAUAGUGUGUUCCAUCAACUAUUUAUUACUAGUGCUUUAAACUCCAAAUUAAACAUCCAUUUAAAAGGAGUCACUGGGCAGAUGUUCCUUUUAUCAAUAUAGGUUGAGAGAUUCUCUGUUGGAGGUUUAGGAAACAAUUUUGCUAACAGGUAAAACAAUGUAAAUAUGUAUGAAUUCUAUUUGUUGCACAUAACUUUUUGGUAUAAAAAAUAAAUGUAGAAAUGACCUGUGGAUGUCUUGCUGCAAUCAUUCUUGUGCUGCACUCAUGCAGUCCAAACACAAGAGCUUGAAUGAACCCAAUCAGAGGCCUUUUUGGACUCAGUCUGAGCCUUAGAAACUGUUUUUAAGUCAGUACUGUAAUUCUGUUUCUAGAAGUAUACCAAGUUGUGAUUUUGUUCAGAGAUACUGUGUGUUAGCAGUGGAAGGGUAGAGCACUUGGGUCCCCAGAGGUACCAGUUGAUAGAAUUUCUGCAGCUGUGUCGUGUUGCUGAACAUUGGUUGUGUGUACAGGGAUGUGUGAAGGUGGAGCAGUGUGGACUGGAGGCUGUAACUGUUGGCAAUUCUUUAAGCAACAUGCAAAAUCCCCCUGUUGAGUAGGUUAUUUUUAUUGCUUCCUGCUGUCCUUGGCUCUCUAGUCCUGCUUUAACUCCACUCUGACAAGAUCUCAAAGGGUCUAGAAUCCUCUGUAUGUUUUCCUGGAUUUGGGGGCAGGGAGGGAGCUGCUGGGGAAGGGCUGGACAGGUGAGUUGAGUUUGCAGUUGCAUGGAGCUGUUAAGAACCAGCAGCACUAAAGCUCUGCUGUGUCCUCACCGUGUGGUGGCUCUGAACCUCCUCUGCCUCUUUUGUUGGGCUGAAUGAACAUCAUCGUGACUCCUCUGCCACCAGCCCCAUGUCCUCAGAGGGAGCUGAGCCCCAGUUUGUGAUGCGUUAACAACCUCAAAUCUUUACCUGUGUUUUGCUGUGGCAGCUCUUGGAAUGUCAUGCCUGUUGAAGUGGGGGAGAAAAUGGCUUAAAAAGAAAUUAUGUCUAGAGAUGGAGAAGUUGGAAUUACUUUCAAACACUGGUAGGGGGUUAAAUCUGGUACCUACUCUUGUACCAUGGUACAUUUGAGCAAGUUUCUUUCUACUGUGGGUAGACUUUUAUAUUCUGGGGGUUUUAGUUAUAUAGAAAAUCUGUAAAACCUAACCUGAUACAACUGUAAGGACUGUUGAUAGUUUGUUUCUUCUUUUCCCUUAAAAACUCAAGAGAAAUUGUUGUGAAGUCGGCAGUAAACAUGUAUGUCCUCACUCUGUGUGGCAGCGUGGAAGGUGGUGUUGAUUUCUAAUGUAUCAUAUCUAAAAGAACAAGAAUUUGGCCACCCCACAACCUAAGAGCAACUAUUUUCUUUAUAUUGGCAGAUGUUUUGGUCACUUUGAGGUACUAGAAGAAGAGCCAAUUGCAGAAGUAGUCAUAGCAACUGUUUCAUAGUAUCCCUCAGUCAGAAUAACGAAACUCCGUAACUGCCAACUGCCAGGAUCCAGCCUCCAGUGUGAUUCUGCAGGGGUGACAGCCCUGGGAUGCUGCAGUGAUGAGUUUGCAUGAGUGUUCUGAGCUCCUCUGUGGGGACUGGCACCAACUGUGACAGUCUAAAGCUUUUGGAAGCCCCCAGGACGGGUGCACAGCGUGGCAGGGAUGUUACUGCACCACCUUCCUGUCUCAGGCAGCAUGUGCAUGUUACUGUGCACAUCACCUACCCCCGAAUGCUUCAGGCUUCUGUCAAAAAAGCUGAGAUCAAAUUUACCCUGUAGGCUGUGGUGACUGUAGUGCACAGGGACAACUUACUAUGAAGGAAGCCCUUCCAUGGUGGAGGAUAAAACUGCGUCCAGUAGCAGAUCUGGUACUGUGAUUAAAAGACAUAGUUUUGAACAAAGUUCAGUUUGCCUGCCUACCCAACAUGUUCCACCUUGCUGCUUAGUAUGAAUUCAGACUGUCCUGGGAUAUGUUGGGUGCCCCUCAGCAGUGCUGCUUGAUGCACUGAACACUGAACCCUUGGGAUGUCCCAGCCAGCCCCACACACAUUGUCCAGUGAGAGCAGCUGUUGGUGGUGCCCCUGUCAUCCUGUGCCUGAGCCAUGGAACUGUCAGGGGAGUCUAACUGGAAAACCUCGCUUGCUUUGGAGGGAUGUGAUGUUCUUUCAGAGCCACUUGGAUUUGUUAAGUCUUCAGCAUUGAUCUGUAUCAGAAUUAUUAUUUUUUUAAUGCUUAUUUUUGCCAUGAAUAGAUACCUCAGUCAGGCUCUCUUAACUCCUUGAAACUCUGAAUAUUCACUGUACUCCCUGGAAGCAGGAGGCCUACAGACAUGGCCUAGCAUAAGAAACUGGUGUUUCUGAGCUGCUUUGUGUCACAGUCACUACUUCAGGUGGACUAGAACUUGCGUUAGACUUGCAGGAGUUGAGUCAGGCAUAAAUAUUAUUUAAACAAAUUUAUUGAAAGAGUUCAGCAUAAUACCCAGGCAUUAUACCUUUUGAUUUCAUUUUAGAAAGAGAUGAUGUGAUUUUAUUAUAGGAGGAAGACAGCUUGAUUCAUUUGCAAUUUUCCAGUAUCUUUCUCUAAGAACAAAGGCAGCUGACUUGGGCUGUCGUUGGCGGGUAAAUAUUCCCUUCUUGUUCCCCAAAACACGUGUGGUCCCUGUAGAGAAGUUACAAAAUAAAGCAAGUAAAUAUAAAAUGCUCUUCUAUCCCCUACUGUGAAUUGUUAAUGAUGUAUGUGCUCAAUCAGGUUAGGUGGAAGAGACCUCUGCACUUUAUUCUACACAGGCAGGUACGACGGGGAACCCGGCAGCUGUAAUUUGCGUCAUCUUGGCAGGAUGAAUUGAUUAAGUGAGCAAUACAGCUGCAAUCAUGGUAGCUACAGCUGGCAGGGCUGUGAGUUGGUUCAGGUGUGCCCAACCACCUGAUCAGUAUUAUAUUUACAGGGGAUGUUCCUUUUGCCAUUAGUUCACCUCAAAAUUUGAGGGUGAACAUGUUGAUUACUGUGUGACUGUACUGUCAUUUCCUGGUGUCCAGGUCCUUUUUUGCCUGUUUUACUUUUCAUGGGAAACUAGGAAAGAUGAUCACAAUCUGUAGAGAGACUGGAACUGCAUAUAUGUAUGUGAACUUGCCUACAUUUUCUCCAUCCUCCUAUUUGAAACUAAUAUUACUUUUCUGACUGCUGCUCUGCAAUGACUCAGCUUUCUAAAACCUGUAUUGGUGCUCUACAGAUUCUUCUUAAUGGUGUUUCUCUGCUUGAAAUUAAAACUGACUGUUCACCACCCUGACUCUCUGCAAGUGGCAUGUACAUAACUGGGUCCUGAGCAGGUGGUCUUUGGAGUUGUAACAGUUUAAUUUCUGUGACUGUCUGCACUGUAGAUGAAUUAGGGCCCCCGACUUUGCAAAUGCACUUAUUUAUCAAUGGUGGAUGGAGUGUCAUGGUAGACAGUUGUCUACCCCUGUGGCACCUGGUCCUCUAUUGCUAAGUCUCUCCCAAGUUAAUAAUACAUUGUUUUAGGUGCUCUGUUACUAAGGGCAGUUGUAGAUGAAAUACGAAGCAAGGGAGACACAUCCCUAGUUGCUGACUGAAGCUCUGAAUUGAAAUGGAAAUGAAUAUAACUGGAAAGAAAGUCAUCAGGGUCUGCUCACAAGCUUCCCUUGCAUUCUGCCCUAGUGCAUUGUGUCGUGUUCUGGGAAGUGUCUUUGCAGGUGGAACAUCUAGGAGCUAGAGCUGGAGACAGAGGAUGCAUUAGGUACAGGAAGGACCUUCCCUCUUGGCUCUGGUCAUGCUGGACUUUGUCACAGAAACCAGCUGUGCUCUAUCUUGGUAAGCAGAGGGCCCUUUUGUCCUGCUUUUCAGCACAAUAAUCCUAGUGUUUCAUAAACCACUUUAAGCUUGCAGGGAGGAGGGUGUGUUGGUUAGAAUAGAACCACAAGCUUACCUUGGUUAGUCAUGAAAUCAGCAAAAUUCCAUAUGAGCUCCCCAAUCACGUACUCUUUCCUCUUUUUGUCAAAAACAGAGUGGUACUCCUGUAGCAUGGCCUUCUGGUACUCCUCGCUGAACAUCAGGGGGGGAUCCUACAGCCAGGAAAAAAGGGUGGCCUUGGAUGGAGGAGACAAUUUCAGCAGAGGCUCCAUGUGUUAACCUCCUGUUGGCUGGGGACCUGCUUCCUGCAGCCAACCUUUACAUUGCUGGGUCUCCCUGUUGCCACUGCAUUAGCCAUGGUUACUUAGCCAUGGUUACUUAGCCAUGGUUACUUAGCCAUGGUUACUUAGCCAUGGUUACUUAGCCAUGGUUACUUAGCCAUGGUUACUUAGCCAUGGUUACUUAGCCAUGGUUACUUAGCCAUGGUUAGCAACUGCUAGGGGAUGGCAGAUGGACUGGGUGGUUUUGGUUGAUCAUGCUGCUUUAUCACGAUAGGUGCAGGAGUGCCACCCCCUCCUGUGCAGGACAGCACCAUAAAAUUAAUGUCCGCUCUAUUGAGCUGUUACCUCCUGAUGAAGCAUUUUCUACAAAUGCCAAAGUACAGAUUUCAGACUGCUCAGUGCUUUUACUCAAAGGUAAAAGCUUCUCUUUAGGUAGAUAGUCGGUGGCAAAGCUCAUUGAUUUUGGUGGAGCAGGAUUGCAACCCUGGACAUUGACAAGCCAGUGCAUCCCAAAACUAAGUAGUCAGGCUCAGUGGUACCCACCUCUUCUAACUAAGGUUUCUGACCCAUUUUUUCCAUCUAGGGUGUCUGUAACACUUACACUGUGAAGUCCAGGAACUGAGUCUGCUCCAUAUUCACUCUGGAUGAUGGGUUUUUGGUAGGUUUUAUACCAGUUCUCAAACUGUGUUGUGAGUUGUAGUGGGAUAACUUCCAGGUGGCCUGGGUCAUGAUACCAGGAGAAGUAGCUGUUCACACAGAUCACAUCCACAUAAGGAGCCUGCAGAAACCAAGGUGACAGUCUUUUGUCACAGAGCUCCCAGUAGCCAACCUAUACCCACCGAGCUAAAUCCUCCCUUUGCUUCCUUUCAUGACAUGUAGAAUAAAGUCUUUUCCCCUCCUCACUCAGGCCCUCCCAAUGUGCCAUCCUUCCCAGGAAAAAAAGCAGGAUAAAUGUAACAAGCUGAUAGCAUAUUCAUUUGGCAUUUUUCUUAGAAACUUAGGAAGUCACAGCAAUGAGUUAGACAAGAUUAAUCCAUUUCAUCUUCAGGUUUGUUAGACAUUUUUGAGUUUCCAAGAUGUCUCUGGCUUGCUGGUACAUUUAGAUGUACUUUUUGAGUAUUGGAAUGUGAUUAUCAAGUUAGUGGUCAAAUAUUUUGACUAGCAACUAAAUUUGUGCAUCAAUGGUGCAAUACUAAGACUAAGCAUUCUGCAAGUUAUAUGCCAUUUCUACCACGUGGACAGUAUGAUAAAAGGGCACAAAGCCCACUAAAGAUAAAGUGAUGUUGUAUGUAACUUGUUCAAUGUUCUCUUAACAUGUUUUGUAAUAAAAGGAAAAAAAAAGUUCUAAUAUCA